UACAAUUCUAAUUCACAUCACCGAAACAGUAUCUAGAUCCCAAUGCUUUACUUUUCUCGAAGCUUGUAUACACAAAUACAGAUUAGCCUAUCCUUGCUAACUUCGAUGCUGGCAAUGUCUUCGAACUUCCAUGUUUGGGCAGUGUGGGUCUCCUGCUGCAGAUGCAGGCUGCCAUGGUCGCCGGAACCAGUAUCGACAUGCAUUCAGACCAGCGGUGGCGGCAUCAUGACCAAGUCCAAACAUGUUCCAACAGGAACAUCGAGCCAUUCAUUCCAUAUUCGACCUUAGAAAAACAAACAAUCUCUUUUGCCCAGACCGAAUUGAGGAAUAAUGCAAGGAAUGUAUUGGGGGUUAAGCUACUGCCAAACCUCAGUUGAGUAUCAUGUUUCAAUUCCCC